AUGGAUCCACUAGAAAUUCCACCAUCGACACCUUGCACCAAACCAGACCCGGAAUCUGACAUCAAUCGUGCUCGCAUCGUCGCGGCCUCCGUAAGGAAAGCUUGUAAUGUUGCUACUAAUAGCAUGGACCAAGACAAGCAAGAUUGGAAAGCUGCGCGUCAGAUAAUUUUACAAGACAAAGUUCUGACUGAAAAUGAAAAGGAUUCAAUUCAUCAUCUUUCCGACGACACCAUAAAAUCCGAAAAAAACUCCGAACCAUCAAAUUUUAACGGAAUUAAUAAUUCCGAAGGGCCCGCAGACUGUCGCUAA